UCCCUUUUUCUGUCUUCCUCGUCGUCGUCGUCCUCGUCAGACCAGCAAGUCCAAAUGGAAUGCCUGCGCCGAUAACAUAGCAGUGUCACUAGCACUCUCGCGCGAAGUCCGCGACCGCGAGGCAGGCGGAGAGCGAGCGAGCAGCCGAGCAGGCGGGCCAUGGCGGCCACCGCGAGGGGCGGCGUGGGCGAGAUCCGGGCGGGCGACGUGGAGGCGGCCGGGCUCGCCGCGGCGGACGCGGCGGCCUUCCUCGCCGCGCUCCGCUCGGCGACCGGCAAAUACGGCGGCGACGCGGCCGCGGCGUGGGCGGCGGUCGUGGCGGCGGGGGUGCUGCGGCCGGACCACCCGCACGCGCUCCACCAGCUGGUGUACUACUCCGUCUACGCCGGCUGGGACCGCGCCAAGCGAGGCCCGCCGCCCUACUGGUUCCCCUCCCCGAUUGACUGCAAGCAAACAAAUCUUGGGAGAGUGAUGGAAGAGAAUGGACCCAAGCUGUUAGGAGCAUCAUAUAAGGAUCCAGUUUCGAGCUUUCGCCUCUUCCACAAAUUCUCUGUUCAGAACCAGGAGGUCUACUGGAAACUGGUGCUAAAGGAGCUCUCCAUCAAGUUCGUGAAAGAACCGACGCCGAUUCUAGAUGCAUCAGAUAAAUCAAAGAAGGGUGGAACAUGGUUCCCAGGUGCAGUGCUCAACAUUGCUGAAUGUUGUCUGCUACCUUGGCCUUCCCAGAGCAAGACCGAUGAUAGCACAGCUAUUGUCUGGAGGGAUGAGGGCUUUGACGAUUACCCAGUGAACCGUAUGUCGUUGAAGGAGCUUCGCACCCAAGUGAUGACUGUUGCAAAUGCCCUUGAUACCAUGUUCCAAAAGGGCGACCGGAUUGCAAUAGACAUGCCCAUGACGUGCAAUGCGGUCAUUGUUUACUUGGCAAUCAUCCUUGGAGGCUUUGUUGUUGUGGGAAUAGCAGACAGUUUCGCACCUCAGGAGAUUGCGACUCGCAUGAGGGUCGCAAAAGCAAAGGCAAUCUUUACUCAGGAUUUCAUAAUUAGGGGAGGGAAGAAAUUUCCACUUUAUAGCCGUGUCAUGGAAGGGACUUCAUCCAAAGCUAUUUUAAUCCCUGCAACUGGAGACCUUCUUGGAGUUACACCAAGGAAUGGCGAUAUAUCCUGGAAAGAUUUUCUUUCUCGUUCUGCUGGAAGGUCAUCGAUAUACUCUCCAGUUUAUCAAUCUGCAGACGCCCUAAUUAAUAUACUGUUUUCAUCAGGAACAACUGGGGAGCCAAAAGCUAUACCAUGGACACAACUUUGUCCCAUAAGAUGUGGAGCUGAUACCUGGGGACAUUUGGAUGUUCGCCCAAAGGACAUAGGCUGCUGGCCUACAAAUCUGGGUUGGGUUAUGGGACCUAUUCAACUAUUCUCAUCCUUUCUAAAUGGUGCGACGUUGGCUUUAUAUCAUGGUUCUCCUCUUGGACGUGGCUUCUGCAAAUUUGUCCAGGAUGCUCGUGUGAGUGUAUUAGGAUCUGUGCCUAGCUUGGUGAAAUCAUGGAAGGCUGGUAAUCUUACUGAAGGGCUAGACUGGACCAAAAUCAGGGUACUUGCCACAACAGGGGAGGCUUCUGAUAUUGAUGAUAAUCUGUGGCUAUCUUCACGUACCUGUUACAAACCCAUUGUUGAGUGCUGUGGUGGCACAGAGCUGGCAUCCUCAUACAUUCAAGGGAGUCUUCUGCAGCCACAAGCUUUUGGAGCUUUCAGUGGUGCAUCGAUGUCCACUGGGUUUGUCAUACUUGAUGAACAGGGAAAUCCAUAUCCUGAUGAUCUACCUUGUUCUGGAGAAGUGGGUCUCUUCCCUUUAUAUUUCGGUGCUACCAAUCGGCUUCUCAAUGCUGACCAUGAUAAGGUUUACUUCGAUGGAAUGCCCAUUUACAGAGAACGGCAACUCCGACGACAUGGAGAUAUAAUCCAGAGGACAGUAGGUGGUUACUAUAUCGUGCAGGGCAGAGCAGACGACACUAUGAAUCUUGGAGGGAUUAAGACAAGUUCAGUGGAGAUCGAACGGGUUUGUAAUGGAGCCGAUGAGGGUUUGCUAGAAACAGCAGCUGUUGGCAUCAAACCUUCUGGCGGGGGACCAGAACAACUGGCUAUCUUGGCAGUGCUAAAAGAUAGAUCGGCACCAUACGAUGCAAAUAUUCUGAAGGGAAAGUUCCAGAGAGCCAUCCAGAAGAACCUCAAUCCCCUUUUCAGGGUGAGCUACGUCAAAGUCGUCCCCGAGUUCCCGAGAACUGCUUCGAACAAGCUGCUGAGAAGGGUCCUGAGGGAUCAGCUGAAGCAAGAACUUGCAAGUCGCAGCAAGCUAUAAUGCACCUGAGGGCCAAUUAUCUCUCUUCAACAAGAAAAUGGCUCUUCAUAAUCCAAGUUUAUUGAACUAAUGGUGUGUUACAUAAGCGAUUGUUCGAUUCCCUUUCAUUCACUUCAUUGAGGGUGUGUAGUUUCAUAACACUUGUUAUUGUAUUGUAUGUGUUCAGCGCAUUAGAAGUAAUAAAGCGAUGGCUUGCUAAAAUCGGACCACUCUGUAUGUUUGAAGGUUUUUAAGCCAUCACAUUUUCUUAUGUUUUCUCUUUACAUCUUUAUAAAACAAGAUGAGCGGCAUUAUGUAGUGUCAGAUCAAAACUCGGAUAUGUUUACUUUUUGUUACUCUUGCAAACUAA